UGUAGAUUUCAUGCGGUAUCACCGUUGCAACGAAUAUUUUUUCCUACGGGCCACCCACGGGAAGUCCUCCCACACUCUUUAAAUGCACCUUCGACCCACGCCUUCAGUCCUUCAUGCCAACCGAAGCCCACAGAGAUCUCUGAAUUCUCUCAGUCCAUGGCUUCUCUCUUCCCCACCUCCCUCUUCUCCCUCUCCCUCCUCCUCCUCUUCCUCUCCACCACAAUAGCCCAUGCCAAGGUUCAGACCUUCACUUAUGUCAAUGAGGGAGAAUUCGGCCCCUACAUAACGGAGUACGACGCCAACUACCGCGUCCUCCCCAUAGCCACCUCCCCCUUCCAAAUGGCCUUCUACAACACCACGCCCGACGCCUUCUACCUCGCCCUCCGCAUGGGCACCACCCGCUCCGAGUCCACCUUCCGCUGGGUCUGGGAGGCCAACCGCGGCCGCCCCGUCCGUGAGAACGCCACCUUCUCCCUCCUCUCCGACGGCAACCUCGUCCUUGCGGACGCCGACCGCCGCGUCGUCUGGUCCACCGCCACCGCCAACAAAGGCGUUGUCGGCCUCAAGAUCCUCCCCGACGGCAACAUCGUCCUCUACAACGCCAAGGGCCGGUUCCUGUGGCAGAGCUUCGACCACCCCACCGACACCCUUCUGGUCGACCAGUCCUUAUAUGUCGGUGGGCCGACAAAGCUCGUCAGCCGCAAAUCCACCACCGACGGCUCUUUCGGGAUCUAUAGCCUCGUGCUAGAGUCCGGUGGACUCGCUAUGUACAUCAACGAUCUCACCCCAAAACCACUCCCUUACUACAACUACUCGGAUGGCAUAUUUAGCUUCAGCGGGAAUUCGGUGAAAUUGGAAAGCGAGCCGGAGACGGAGGACGCCUUCGCGUAUGAAGUGAGGCUGGUGGAGGAUCAAGGCACGAUCAUACUGGCGAGGCCCAAAUACAACGCCACCCUAUCGUUCCUAAGACUGGACGUGGAUGGAAACUUGGUGGUGUACACCUACUACGACCCGGUGGACUACCGGGCGUGGGAGGAGACCUUCGCCUUCUUCUCGGACGAGACUGGGAGGUUGAGCGGGUGCGCGCUGCCGAGAAAGUGCGGCGGCUUCGGGGUGUGCGAGGAUGAAAUGUGCGUCGCGUGCCCAUCGCCCACGGGAUUGUUGGGUUGGAGCAAGGGAUGCGCGCAGCCGAGUCUGGGGGCUUGCAAAGGAGGAGCAGGGGUGGAUUAUUAUAAGGUGUUGGCGGUGGAGAACUUUUUGACUGGUUAUACUCGAGGGGAGGGGGCGGUGAAGGUGGAGGAGUGCAAGAGGAGGUGUGGCUUGGAUUGCAAGUGUGCGGGGUUCUUGUUCUGGGAGGAGGAGUCGAGGUGCUGGCUGGCUCCGGUGCUCGGGACGCUUGCUAAGGUCGAUAAUGCCUCGCACGUGGCUUAUGUCAAGUAUAUCAAGUGAGGAGAGCGAGUCUCUGCAUAAAAGAAUGAUUGUACUUGAUGCCAGUCAUAAAUGGAUAACGACGAAGGGAUCAUAAAAGAGAUCGUGGUCAAAGUUACGGUAACAUUUUCCAAAAGGUAUGGUUUUCUUGUGGUAUCGUUUGUGGAAAGAGUUCAUGUACGAUGAACGAUCAUGCGUGAAUGCAUGUUCGUUGCAUACGAUCGUAUGCGAUCGUUUAUCGCACGAUGAAUGAUACAUGCCGUGCACUGUAUCAUGCAAUGUGCGGUGCACAACAGACGAUCCAUAUUCUUGUGAAAAAAACCAUGGGUACGAAGAACUUGGAGUAAACCUGAACUCCGGCGACUACCAUGUCCGGCCAGCAGGUGGAUGCCGGAUAUGUGGGGCUGGUUGUAAGCUGGAGCCUGGAAAGCAUCCAAUUUUGAGGAUCAUUACUUAUCAAAAAGUAAUCACUAUCUUCACAUUGUUUUUAUUUUUUUUUUUAAAGAAAAGGCACCUGGUCAGAUCCAAAUUAAACGAGUUGCAUGGAGUUUCCUAACAGGUUUUCCCACUCCGAUCGCCAGUCUGGGCUGGAUCAGACUCUGGUCUUGAACCAAAGUCCAAGCCUAAACCGAUUAAUGUCAAACCGU